AUGAGAUCGCCUAAGGCUGACAAGAAGGCCAACAAAGAGUUGGUUGACUACCAGGGCUUCGCAGGGGUGCUGGAUGCAGCGAAGAUGGCUGGCAAUAUGAAGAAGGCCAUUCUGGAUGACAUCCUGCCGGCCGUGGCAGAUCUUCAGAAGUGCAAGAAUGUUGUGGCCCAGGGUCUUGGGAAAAAGAUGAAGGAGCAGGAGCUCAAGCCUCUU